UCAAAGCGACCAGUAGCAACAAUGGCGUCCGCCGGUGUAACCCGAGGGGCCAGCGGCGCGGUGCGAGUUGUUAAACCAAUUUUCAGCCGCGAUUUGGAUGAGGCCAAGCGGCGAGUUCGGGAGCUCUACAGGGCCUGGUACCGAGAGGUGCCAAACGCAGUGACAUUGUUCCAGCUGGAUAUUACUGCCCAGCAAGGCAGGGAUAAAGUGAGGGAGAUGUUUGACAAGAACAAACACAUCACGGACCCCAGAGUCAUUGACAUGCUCGUCAUCAAGGGUAAGAUGGAAUUGCAGGAGACGAUUAACGUAUGGAAGCAGAAGACCCAUAUCAUGCGUUACUUCCAUGAGACGGAGACACCCCGUCCAGCAGACUUCCUGUCCAAAUUUUACACUGGACAUGACCCUUGAACUGUACACCCCCGUCCCUAGUCCUGUGUCCAAUAUAACUGGUGUAACUGCCCAUUAUUGAACUGUAAAUAUACACUCUGAAUACCAAAAUUUUGUGUCAGAUAUUCAUUAUGUACAUUUCAAAUGUCUGAACUUUAGUUGGAAUAUAGUCUGUUUAAACCCUUUGAUGUUAAUGCUCUCUCCUGCCCUUCAUUUCUCAGUUUCCUGUCUUCCUCGACAUGACUAGAGUGUCCCUGUCUCUGCUGCCAGGUUGUAUAUACAGAGGCUGUAUCUUGGUUUCC